AUGGGCACGGCCGCUUGUAAAAGUGCAAAAUCAGUGUCACAAAUUCAGCAAACUGAAGAUAACAAAACCAUCGUCGUUGGUGUGUUUGGUCUUGAUGAUGCCGGCAAAACAUCAAUAAUUAGAGCGAUCGAUGGAGAUCCAACUGAAAAUGUCCCACCGACAUCGAGUUCCAAAACAGUACUGAUAAUGAAUCCACUGAAUGAGACAACAAAUCGCACUGAUAGAACAAAAACAAAACAACGUAUACAGCUGAUCGAUGUGAGUGGUGAUAAACGAUACCGUGAACAAUCGUGGUCGCAAUUUUAUGAUCGAAUCCAUGGCUUUAUAUUUGUUUUCGAUGCCAGUGAAAAAAGACGUUUCAGGGAAAAUCAAGACGUCCUCGCCGAUCUACUUGAACAUGAUCAACUUCAAAAGAAACCAUUUCUCAUUUUCGCAAAUAAACAAGAUCAACGAGGUGCUAUUAAUAAUGAAUAUGAUUUAAAGCGGAAGCUUAAUAUCGAACGGUUACAAGCAAAAUAUAAACUUGAAUUAUGUACGGCGUUACCUCAAGAUGAUGAUAACAAUGUCGAUGAAUCAAUUCAACAAGGGUUCACUUGGUUAAUUCAAUCAAUAACUAACAAUUUUACGGAGUUGAAUGCUCGAGUUAGCAAAACAAAAAGUAAACCGCUGUCUCAUUCUUUGAGCAAUGGAAACGGGAUGAAUAAGGACACGGACUCUCAUACAAAAAUCACUUCACAAAAGCUACCGGAUAUUAAUAUGAACAAAUCCAAAAGUAAAACAUACAGUGAUGGUGAAAAUGAAGAUCGGCCUUUGUCAAAUGGGCUUCUCAAGAAGAAGAAGCUAUUAGGUACUUCUAAUAAUAAUCAAUCUUCACUGCAAAAAUCUCGUGAUAAUGAAUUAAAAGCAUUUCGUUCAACAUACGAAUCGUUUCCCGAGGACACACCCUGGUCAAUAUCAACAUCGGUACUGAAAUCAACUAGGAGUGAUGACAUCUUGUCGCGAUUCAAUACUCGAACGUCGUUGGCCAACGAUUCAAAACGACGCGACGUCAGCCCUCUCGUUCGCGACUUGAAAUCUUAUACCAAUGGCUCGUCAUCACACAAACACGACAAUUACAGUGACGAUGACGAACACAAUAACAAUUAUUCACAAAGAUCAAAAACAACCAAUCGACCGAAAUCCUCAACAGGCGUUUACAACGACGACUACUACUCUUCGUCGUCAAAAACAACUUCACAUACAUCCAACAGAAAUGAUUAUUCAACAGCGAACUCACAAUAUCGUUCGAAAUCCAGCGGCAAUGAUGAUUAUCAUUACACAUCAACAAAGCCAGCUGUCACCUCGAGAUACGGUGGUGAUGAUGAUAAUGACGACGAUUACUACUCAUCGUUGAAAUCCAAAUACAACGGUGGAAAUCGAUCGUUUCCUCCACCAAAACCAGUAUCUCAGUCAAAAUUCGAGGAUGACGAUGAUGAUGAUGCAUACUAUCCAUCGUCAUCGAUCAAAGCAACAAGUCGUUCAACAUAUGACGACGGUGAUGAUGAUGAUGCUUAUCCCAGUGCACCUCGUAUAACGGAUCAUUCUUCAUCUUACAACAAUUAUAAUGGAUAUCGAUCUCGUCUUGAGAACGAGUCAUUUUUCACCUCGAAUAAUGGCUCAAACUCUCUGAAUAGAUCUAGAAAAAACAACUAUUAUGAUUAUUAA